UAGAUCACUACACUGGUCGCUGAGAAGAGCCCCAGUCCUCUCAGUUUGCCUCCACGCCUCCCACACGGCUUCCUAUAUUGUCUUCUUGUCUGUUUCACCGCUUCUAAUCUGUUGACAGCAUGACAGGAGGACUGAAGGACGGCGAAAGAGAAGAGGAAUUUCUGCAUUCGCCGUUCAUCAGAAAACAAGGGAACAUAUACAAACCAAACAACAAAGACAUGGACAACGACAGUCUGAACGAGAAGACAAUGGAGGAUGUUCACACGAAAGAGAUCGACCUGGUCAACCGGGACCCAAAGCGCAUAAACGACGACGUUGUCAAGGUAGACUUUGAGGAUGUGAUUGCCGAGCCUGCAGGGACCUACAGCUUUGAUGGCGUGUGGAAAGCCAGUUUCACCACCUUCACUGUCACCAAGUACUGGUGCUACCGACUUCUGACGGCGCUGGUCGGCAUCCCCCUUGCACUGAUCUGGGGAAUCUUCUUUGCCAUCCUGUCCUUCAUACACAUCUGGGCCGUGGUACCAUGUGUCAAGAGCUACCUGAUCGAGAUCCACUGCGUCAGUCGUGUCUACUCCAUCUGCGUGCACACCUUCUGCGACCCGUUGUUCGAGGCUAUGGGCAAGUGCCUCAGCAGCAUCCGAAUCCGCACGACCAAGGAGGUGUAGCAUCCACAAAGAGGAGGAGGAGGAUUAAUGGAAAGAGGGGAGGGAGGAUGGGAGGGCUAGAGCCACACAGAUGGAGGAAUAAGUCACAACAAAAAAAAGAAGAAGAAAAAAUAGACCUCUGGAAAAGGAGGGGUGGGACUUUUCCAGAUCUGGGCGGGGUUUGUUUGGAAGUGAAGGGUCUUGGUCACAUGGCCCCUGGCCACGCCUUAUUCCACCAGCUGUUUUUUCUCUUCAGUGUUGGUGUAACCAAACAGGUGGGCACAGGAAAUCAAAGGGCCGUUCUCCGGGGUUUUGUUGUUGUUUUGUUUGUGUUCUCAAUUUUUUAAUUCCUCACUGUUAACAUUGUCAUGCAAGCAAACUAGCUCCAUAUCUGUUUUCUGUAAGUUUUGCCACAUGAUGUAAAUUCCUUCCAUUCUUACCAUUUCAGUGGAGAGCUUCUUACUUUGAUUCAUAUGAAGAGGGGAUGUUGGGGUGCAUCACUGUGUUCUCCCAUGCUGAUUUGUGUUUGUGUUUUGGAGCUAUUGGGCAGGGCAGGAUGGUGGGAUGUUGGCAUUGGUAAAAAUCAAAGCAGAGAGAAAGAGAGAGCGCUGCUAAAUUCUAUUUGACUCAGCAGAAACAAAACAACCCCACAGGCCGAACAGCCCAGCAACACCCCUGCCUCUGCCCCCCGUGACCUCCAACCCAACAAAAUCAUCCACCCCGCACCCCCCUUCACCCAGGUUUCCAGCAGUCUGACACACUGAACCUGCCCUCGUUCCUGCAUGCAACUGCAUCGCCUUGCCAGCAACUCGCCGUCCGCCACUGCCACGCCCGCCACACAGCCUUCUGAUGCAGAAAUGAUCUCUCAGCUCACUCGCUUUGUUCAUCAGCUUCUUACUUCACCUCCACCUUUAUCAUCAUUAGUGUAUGACAGAAAAUGUUAGGAUUUGAAUCUUUAAAAAAAUGUUUUACUCCAAUGUGGACUUUCUGACCCAUUUAGACCUUUUAUUUUUCAGUGAAGCUCAAUGCUUUUAAAUGCACAUCACAAUAUUUCCAUGAUGAAUGCUUUUUUUCCCCUAUACUAUGAAUAUGAAGAACUUAGAGGAGUUAACUUCAAUACUGUUAUUUUAAAAAUCUAUAUGUAGUGUAUGGGUGUUUAUGCAGAAAAUGAGACUUUACAAGCUGUGGCCUCAUUCCAGUGCACUAAUCUAUGGGAAAGUAUUGUUAGUGAAUAGCACUAAUGAAGAUCUCCUUUCUAUUGCAGAGGUAAUACUAGGAGUUACUUUUGCACAGUCUGCACUUUGGAUGUGCAGUUACAAGCUUGAGUGGAGAUUUCUCUUACGCACUGUGGUACUUCCACAGGUUAAUGCAUUGGAAUUAAGACAAUGUGAGGUGGAAUGUGUGCUUUUUUCCUUUUAAUUGUUUUUGUAUUUCCCCUGACUGUGGACACGAUGCUGAAAAGCAUCAAACUGAUACCUCCCACCCAAGAGAUGGGUGAAGGAAGAGACGGUUACGUAGGAUUUCUGGAUUGGGGUGGGGUUGGGGGUUGGGUUUUAUUGAGACACUAAGCUCACUUGGACUCCGUGACCCUCAGUCUACCUGCUGUCUUCACAUAGGGAUGGUAAUAUCAAAACAUCUGCUCCUUGAGUGUUUUUAAGCUCCAAAGGUGAUAUUUUUAUAAGAAAAUAUUUUUUCCUUCCUUGCUUUUACUGUUCAAUAUCACGCUGUGCACAUUAAAAUUUAAUAUAAUCCA